AUGUAUGUGAAAUGGUUUGGUACAGUAAUGUUAUACUAUGUGGUUUUAGUGUAUUUAGUGAAUGUCACUUUUUGUCAUUUUCAAAUUUCCCACCGGUUCCGUCCCCCGUACGCCCCGAUGUUGCAGGGGACGGAACCCAGAAGACAGAUGCCGGCAUCUGCCGGAGGACAUUACAGGGGACACUGCAGGAGGGACAUCGCGGGAGCGCAGGACAAGGUAAGAGAAGAACAGAUCCCGGAGCAGCGCUGCAUGGUAUUCCCGAGUGUAGCUCAGGGUUACUGCUUUUGCUACACUCGGGAAUACCGCCAGGGAGGUUAAG